UCACUUAAAAGAAUGGAACAAAACUCCACAAUGCUGGGCAAAAUAAUUGAGGUGUCUUGCACUAUUAAGUCUGCUCUUAAAGGCAAAAACUUUGAUGUUACACUGAAACCAUAUCUAACUGUAGAAGAAAAAAGGCUUGCUGCUGCUGCUGAUCCAUGUGGAUGUAUGGAGCAAUAUUUUACUCUAAAUGAAGACCUAAAACAGAUGUUGGAAAGCAGUAAAGAUUCUGCAAAGCUGGAUGCUAUGAAAAGGAUUGUUGGGAUGAUUGCAAAGGGAAAAAAUGCUUCUGAGCUGUUUCCUGCUGUUGUGAAGAAUGUUGCCAGUAAAAAUAUUGAGAUAAAAAAGCUUGUGUACGUUUAUCUGAUGCGCUAUGCAGAGGAGCAGCAAGAUCUAGCAUUAUUGUCCAUCAGUACUUUCCAGCGUGCUUUAAAAGAUCCUAAUCAGUUAAUCCGUGCAAGUGCUUUAAGAGUUUUAUCCAGUAUACGUGUCCCAAUUAUUGUUCCUAUUAUGAUGCUUGCUAUUAAGGAAGCUUCUUCUGAUUUAUCUCCUUAUGUGAGAAAGAAUGCAGCCCAUGCCAUCCAAAAACUGUACAGUCUUGACCCAGACCAAAAGGAAAUGCUGAUUGAAGUGAUAGAAAAGCUUUUAAAGGAUAGAAGUACGCUGGUAGCUGGGAGUGUGGUAAUGGCAUUUGAGGAAGUGUGUCCAGAUAGAAUAGAUCUGAUUCACAAGAACUACCGAAAGCUCUGUAACUUGCUGGUUGAUGUGGAAGAGUGGGGUCAAGUUGUCAUUAUCCACAUGUUAACUCGGUAUGCACGCACUCAGUUUGUAAGUCCAUGGAAGGUUGAUGAAGUGGUGGAUGAAUAUAGUGAAAAUAAUUUCUAUGAAUCUGAUGAAGAACAGAAAGAGAAGGAUCAGAAAUUGAAAACCACCUAUACUAUGGACCCAGAUCACAGGCUGCUGUUACGAAAUACAAAGCCUCUGCUUCAAAGCCGAAAUGCUGCUGUGGUAAUGGCAGUUGCACAGCUUUACUGGCAUUUGGCACCAAAAUCUGAAGCUGGUAUUGUUUCUAAGUCAUUGGUGCGUUUACUCCGUAGUAACAGGGAGGUACAGUAUAUUGUCCUGCAAAAUAUUGCCACUAUGUCAAUUCAAAGAAAGGGCAUGUUUGAACCUUAUCUGAAGAGUUUCUAUGUUAGAUCAACUGAUCCAACUAUGAUCAAAACACUCAAGCUUGAAAUCUUGACAAAUUUAGCAAAUGAGGCCAACAUAUCAACUCUGCUUCGAGAAUUUCAGACUUACGUGAAAAGCCAAGAUAAGCAGUUUGCUGCAGCUACAAUUCAGGCUAUAGGCAGAUGCGCAACUAACAUCACUGAAGUGACUGACACCUGCCUUAACGGCCUCGUCUGUUUGCUGUCCAACAGGGAUGAAAUCGUAGUUGCUGAAAGUGUUGUUGUCAUUAAGAAACUGCUGCAAACCCAGCCGGCACACCAUGGUGAAAUUAUUAAGCAUAUGGCCAAACUCUUGGAUAACAUUACAGUUCCAGUUGCCAGAGCCAGCAUUCUCUGGCUCAUUGGUGAGUACUGUGAACGGGUUCCAAAGAUCGCACCUGAUGUUCUGAGAAAGACAGCCAAGAGCUUCACAAAUGAAGAUGACCUUGUAAAGUUGCAAAUCUUAAAUUUGGGUGCAAAACUCUAUUUAACAAAUUCAAAGCAGACAAAAUUGCUUACCCAGUAUGUAUUAAAUCUCGGCAAGUAUGAUCAAAGCUACGACAUCAGAGACCGUACAAGAUUUAUUAGGCAGCUUAUUGUUCCGAAUGAGAAGAGUGGAGCUUUAAGCAAAUAUGCCAAAAAAAUAUUUCUGGCACAGAAACCUGCCCCAUUGCUUGAGUCUCCUUUUAAAGAUCGGGAUCAUUUCCAGCUUGGCACCUUGUCUCACACACUGAACAGCCGAGCCACUGGGUACCUGGAGCUGUCCGACUGGCCAGAGGUGGCACCUGACCCCUCCGUCCGAAAUGUUGAUGUGGCUGAGUCGGCAAAGGAAUGGACUGGAAUUCUAGGCAAACCAAAGAAGGAGAAACCUACUGAAAAAUUCUACUCUGAAUCAGAAGAGGAGGAAGAUGAGUCUGCCAGUACCAGUUCAUCAGGGAGUGGGUCUGACAGUGAAAGUGAGAAAGAAGAUAAAGAGGAAGGCAGCACUGAUGAGAGUAGUGGGAGUUCCUCUCCCAGUGAGGAAUCAACUGACAGUGAAUCAGACAGCAAAGAAAGUGCUGCUAAGAAAACAUGUAGAGCUGUCAAUGAAAGUGAUUCAGAGGAUAUUAAAAAGAAAGCAGAGGGAAUUUCCAAAAAGAGAAGUACAUCCAGUUCCUCUGAUACAGAGUACACUUCAUCAGAAGAAUGUUCUUCAGGCUCCAAGUCAGAAUCUGACUCUAAAAGCGACUCUGAGUCUGGAAAAUCUAGAAAUGCUUCCUCUAAUAAGAAAGAAGAAAAACCAAUACAAGAUAGAAAAACUCCAAAAAAACAAGACAUGUUUCUGUUAGAUUUAGAUGAUUUUUGUCCUGUAACAACUCCUGUGGCAGUUCCUAAAACAGCAGUUUUGUCCCCGAGUUUAGCAGCAGACCUGGAGGGAUUAAGUCUGUCCAGUUCAUCAGUCAUUGAUUGGUAUAACAUAAGCUACAUGUCCUUGUGAAAAUGGAUGGAAGUGACCAGACAAAAUACCAACAAAAACAACAGCUGCAGUUAUUCUUUGAUUGCAUGCUACAGUCACCUACCUCUUUGCCAUCCUUUAUGGCUUUAACAGUUCAAAACACAAGUUGUCAUAUGUUUGCCUGGCUCUGGAUUAGCUAAAGAAUUACUCUGGUGUCUUUGCUUUACUUCAAAAUUGCCACCUUUGAGCAUAAAUUAGAGAUAGCAAUCUGUAGUGCCAGAGGCUUAGGUGCCCUUGCUUGCCAAUGUCUUUAUUUUUUCAUUGUCUACAGUACAUGAACAUAUAUUCCACUCCCAUAUUCAUCCUUGCUUUUGUCAUAAUUGUCACUGUUCAUUUGCUAAACUGUUUCUCCCCGUUCUUCUGAAGACAACUACAAAGAAAUAGAGCUGUUAGAUAAAGAUAGCUAGAAGAUGUAGGCUGAAGAGUAGUUGUGUUCUGUAUGACGACCGUGCAAAAUGCCUCAUUAAAACUGAGGUCUGGUAACCAGCAAAGAAGCUGGAGCUUUUCCUCAUUCUCUCCGCUUUGGAAGGAACCCAGAUCAUGUAAGAAUUAAUUGUUUCUGCCUGGAUAAUGAUUACAUAUUUUCAUCUGUAUUCAGUUUUCAGAUCUAGGCUCAGCUCUCAUUGCCACUGAUAGUUGCAGAUGUACAUGAGGUCCUUUGCUGAGUUUUCUACAUCAGGGAGCAACAGAAAUUAAAUGCUAAGUUUAAAACUCAUUCUUUCAAAUUAUAUCGAUAUGGUUUAAAAAGUCUUACUUGUGUGCAAGUAGUUAGAUAACUAUAAUCCCAUGUUUUUCAUCACCAUCAGGUAAUUUUCUAAAAAUAAAGAUAGAAAACUAGCAUGUAAGACUUUAUGUGGGAAUGUGCCUUUUCAAAUUGUAUUUUGAAUUUAAUCUGUGAUGGCUAAUUAUAAAAAUACUUCAGAAAAUUUCUUCUGCCUUCAGUGGGAGAGAAAGUGAAUAUAACUGCACGGCACAUGCCAAACUAAUAGUGAGAAAUUUAUUUAUUACUAGGCAAUGGAAAGCUUGGAGUAAAAAUAGAGAAGUACAAUAUCAAAGAAAUGUAGCAGCCACUUUUCUUGAAAUAAGUCAGUCUAUUAUUCAAAUCAUUCAGCACUGUAAUUGGAUACAGCUUUUUGAAAAAUUUUAACUUCCAAAUUCAUAGCUGCUGAAUGUUAUAGAAAGCAUAAAUACAAGAAUAGUUUUGCAUUAUGGCAAAACCUACAAAACCAAAAUAUUUCUGAAUAGAAACUGCACAGUCUAAUGCUUUGUCCUGUGGCUCAUUUGUUUUUAUCAUCAUGUUUACAUACAGUACAUUUCCCCCUCAUAUAAAUGCAUGCAUGCAUAUUAUAGUUUGUUCCAGGAAAAACAAAAUUCUCUUGUAAUUCAUGGAUAACCUUCUUCCAACUGAAUGUAAAAUAUACUAAAUCUGUGUGUAUGCUUUUGCCUUGGUACAUGUGGUUCAUCUUCAGUUUUAAGUGAAUCAGGUAACUGAGGUCACUGGAGGCUUCUGUAGGGAUUGUCAUGGUAUGCAGACAGGUGACAGCAAAACUAAGUGCUUGAGGAAACUGCAGUUGGUGUUGAUUGAGUUUCAGAUGGAUAAUUUGCAGUUUUGAAAAAUACGUGAAACAAAUGAAAAACUGGAGGCGAGAGAAAACUGCAAGCUGUCAGUUUGAAGCACUUACUGGAAAACACUGGAAGUGGGUGUUGUCCCCAAAAGGCAGGAGUUAUAAAGUGAAAAAGGAGGAAUUGAAAGCAAAGCUCAUGACUGACUUAAGGACAGGGAGGAUUAUAAUCUGCUACAAUAAUUAAUAUUUUGAGCAGAAAUGGCAAGAGGAGAGAGAGGAGAGCUACAGUAACAGAGAAGCCUCUAGUAAUAGAGAGAAAACGGGAGUGAUCUGUUCCUACCUGUCACACAGCUGAUGAGAAAAAAAAGCGCUAAACCACCUGUUCUUUUCUCAUUAGGAUUUUAGAUGGUAAAAAUGGACUAGCAACUAUUCUCCUAAAUGUGGAGACCUCUGAGUAUGCUGCAUAGGAUAAUUAACUGGUAAAAAUGACACAUGCUUUUAUGAAUAAAAUUAGAGAGAAGGAAUUAUUUCUUUGGUAGCAAGAAACCUGUUAUGGUUCGGAACAGUGUUGGUGCAAGGGAGAGCUGGCAGGUCUUUAUGAGCUCUGGUGAGAAAAGAAGUUGGAUGAGGAGAAAAGUGUGUGGCUGUAUCGUCUGAGUUGAGUAGUAUUUGAGGGGAGAAGGUUGUUUCCCUGCCCCAUAUAGAAUAGCCUGGGGAAAAGGUCAGGGGUCAUUAGGAAAAUAUCACAAAAAAUGCAUGUACCAAAUGGGGGGAAGACUCUUGUAGUAGUAGAAAGGUGCUUAUAAAAAUAUUUAUUGCAGCAAUUCAGACUAGGUAUCAAUUACACUGCAUUUCAUGUAUGUAAGUAGCAAGGAAUUAAGAUAUACUUGUAGAAGUGGUACUGCUUUACUUACUAAGGUUUUAUAUAAUAUGUUCAGUGCUUUUUCAUGAUAGUUGUUGCUACCAAUGGUAUAUGUUAUUGUUCCCGACUACUUGGCCUUCCAGAGAAACUAUUUAGGAAGGGAGGAGUAAAUCAUCUUAUUUUCUCUUUUGUAUCUUCUGAAGAACUUUUGACCAAUCUACACUUUGAGAACUUCUUUGGAGUGGUGAUGCACAAAGAAUAAAUGAUAGCUUUUGUUAGAAGUCAAGGUCAAGCUGCAGACCUGUCAAAUCAGGUGAUAAAUACAUUUAUUUUUAAAUUGAGUAAAGACUUAGAGAAUUCCUUGAGAAAUAAUAAACAUGAACUCCCUCAGUAUUUAACUAAAGGUAUUUUCAGACUAGGAGAAACCUUAAGUUGUAUUUUAUGUCUAAGUUGUUGACAUAGUCUUUAGAGGUGAAGACUCUUAUAAUUUAGUUGGCUUUGUCCAUUCAGGCUAUUUGUAAUUCCUCUAUAACAAAUCUUAAGACUGACUCUGAAGCAUCUGUUUGAAGCAUCUCUGCUUAGAAGUACUGGGAACACAAAGGCUGCAAUAAUGGGUUAUAUAAUGGCUCUAGUCUGGUAUGCAGUUUGCAAGAAAGGUUAGCAUAAGAUGUUUUAAGAAUUUUCAAAAUCCUACAGUAGAGAAAUAAAUAGUAGCUCUUGCAAAUAGUUAUUGGCAUGCACUUAACUAUAUGAUUUUUUU